UCUUCUUUCUGGCCUGCACUUGACUCGCUUCCUCUCCGAGUGGCACGAUUCGUCCCCCUCAGCGACGCAUAGGGCCCACGCCAGUGGAACCACCGGUAAACUGGAUGGUCCCGAAGUAGUGGAGAGAAGGCCAUCAGAGAUGUCCCGGCUGCUUCCCCCCUUUGCCCCUGUGGUGCACGAGCCUGUAUUGUGGCCGGACCACCUGUACACGCGCGGCUGAGCAUUUCGGAAAGGGUAGCGAACGCACAGGAGAAGAAGCACCUCUCCAGUGCGCAGUUCCUACCCGUGGCGUGCGGCGCCUUCGAAUCGAAAGUGCGUCGCUCUCGACAUUCUACGUGUCUUUCUUGAUUUACUUUCGCGCUGCUCUCCUGAACCCUCUCCUGGUAGCGUGCGUUGCCACUGCCAUCUCUCUCUCCUAAUAAAAGGGUGCGGCCUGGAGAUUUCUAUAAGAAGCCCUGCCGUCGACCGCGCUCUGGACUGAUGUUCACAAGGCAGUUUAAGUGAUCGGGAGGCAAGCGGACCCUUCUUGCCUGACUUUGGUUGCGCGAGUUUGGCGCUGGUGUUCUUUGCCUGAUACUCGCCGUAUCACCGCUUUGCCCCAUGAGCCAUGAGGUUUAACAUAUAUUUCAAGCUCCUGCUGGUCGGCCUGGUAAUCGGCGUGGGAUCGGCCACAGAACCGCUUCCUGUUGGCGCAACACGAGCGGAUGACAAGGACGACGCGAACACAAGACAUGUCACCGUCGACACACCAACCACGCCAUCGAAGCUCCUGGUACCGAGCUCUGCCGCGGUACAAGCAUUGGGAAGCACGCCCCUCGAUACAGGGCCUAGUUACAACCCCGGAGGUUUUUUGCCUCUUUCAACUGGAAAACCUACGCAUGAAUCACUCGUGCUCAUACCGAGCAACAUGUAUGGACCUUUCGCAGCACCUUUCCACAUGUCAUUACCUUACCACCCUAUGCCACCAUUUCCCCUGGCUGUGUCCUACGUGAUACAUAGGCACCCGAGCUUCGACAUCGGCAAUGCGAGAUACCCAUUUGAGAUAUACCACACCCCAACAACACACUUUAUACCAGUGCUGUCCUAUCUUCCUCCACUGCCGCCACCUCCUCCAGGUUACCCGCCUCUGCCGCCCCUACCUGGUCGUCCCGGGAAACUUCCGUCGCCCUCUCCGGCUCCAAAGCCACCAAGUCUUCCGAAGCCUCAACUGCCGCCCACUCGGAGACCUCAUAUUCCUCCUAGGGUGCCUUCACCUCCACGGCAGCCGCCAAGGACGCCAUUGCCGACGCCAUCCCCUCCCGUCAGGCCAGCACCCCCAAAGAGACCCGUGUCGCCCCCGAGAAAGCAGCCGCGACCGCCGACAGUCAGACCCCCGCAGCAGCCACUGCCGGUUCCCAAACCACUGCCAGUGCCGAAGCCAGUACCUAGGCCUCCUUCCUUGCCGAAACCUCCAACUUUGCCCAAGCCUGAGAGGAAGCCGGAGCCCCCUGAAACAGGACCAGUUCCCUUGCCAGAGGACGAGGACGAAACCGAGAUCGCCGACCCACAAUCCGAUCCACCGGUGCUUUCAGAAGAGAAUGCUCCUGGACGCGAAGAAUUUCCGAGUUACUACGAACCCGAUGCACUUUCAGCCCAGGUUGCUGCGGAAAAAGUCACCGAUGCUGCCAGCACUACAACAGGCGGCACUAUUGGCCUCAAUGGUGCAGUUGAUUCGAAGGCGUACCCGGAGUCCUCUGCUUACGAUAGCCACGUCGUGGAAGUCUGAAGUCUGGCGACCGCAUGCUGACCGUUGUGUUGUGCAGUGUAUCGAUUCCUUUACUUCGCAUCUGAGCCGCGUUAUUUAACAAUACAUCCAUUUGCCGC